UUGGCUACCAGACCUAUUUUCAAAAAUCUAAUCGUGUGUACCAUGAGAGUCACUGGUGUCUCUCACACGGACUUUGUUAGUGUACCAAUAGAAAUUUCAAAUAACUUUCUCUGUGUACCGAGUCCAUAUCUUUGAAACUAAAAAUCUUACAAAAAAAUGUUCUAUAUAAAUAAUUUUCUAAAUAACAGUUAGAUCACGAUUAUCCAUUUUUUUUCAUGAGAAGCACCGGUGAUACUCAUGGUACCUAGUUAAUAUAAUUAAGUGUAUUAUGCGUUGAGUAUCACUGGUGACUCUCGAUUUCUUUUUUUAUUUAUUAGUGAUAAUUUGCCAGUAUCUAGUCAAUAAUAAUUAAGUUUUGUAAGCAAUUCAUAGAUAAUAAAUAUUACCUACAUAACAACAUAGAUAUUAUCCUUUUAAUGCUAUGGUUACUGGUUAGGUACAUGAUAAUAUAAUAUCACUAUAAUAUAUUAUAUUAAUUAUUAUUGCAAAUCGCAAUAAAAAUUAUAGUUUUUUAACGACUAAAAUUUAGUCAUUUAAUAAGCAUAAUGGACUCUGAUGGUAUUCUUUCUGCUCUGGAUGACUCUGAUUUUGAAGACUCAGGUAGUGAGUACAGUCCAAGUGACGUUUUAUACGAAUCAGAUUCUGAUGAGAGUAUUAGUGUAGAACCAGAUACUGAAAAUACCCAAAAUUUAGCUCAACAGGAAAAUAGUAUCAUAUCUGAUGAAUGGUUUAAUGUUACAGGAGAUUUUCGAAAAAAUAUUAUUUUUACUGGAGACAAUGGUAUCAAAUGUAACAUUGACCAAGAAUCUAAACCUAUUGAUAUUUUUAACCUAUUUUUGAAUGAUGAAGUAUUGAAUUUGAUUGUAACUGAGACAAACAGGCAAGCUAAAAGGUACAAAAGACAAUGGAUAGACACAGACAGUUUAGAAAUUAAAAAAUUUUUAAGUAUUGUAAUGUACACAGGUAUGGUUGGUUAUCCUAAGAUAUCUGACUACUGGAGUCAACAAACUUUUUACAUAAAUAGUUAUGUACCAAAAAUUAUGGCUUGUAAUCGUUUUCAGUCAUUGCUUAGAUUUUUUCAUAUUUCUAAUAAUGAUUAUAAUCCAGGGGAUAGGUUAGGAAAAAUUCAACCUUUAGUUGAUUUAUUAAAUAAUUCAUUUAAACAAAGCAAAGUCCCAGCAGAAAAUGUAGUCAUUGAUGAAACAUUAGUACCAUUUAGGGGUCGCAUUGUAUUCAGGCAAUAUAUUCCAAAUAAAGCAGCAAGAUAUGGAAUUAAAUUAUAUAAAUUAUGUGACAACAUAGGUUAUACAUAUAACUUAAGUGUGUACAGUGGUAAAGAUACUAACAGAUCUAAUAGUAAUAUUUCUUGUGCUGGUAAAGUUGUUCUGUCAUUAAUGGAAAAUUAUUUAAAUGAAGGAAGAACUUUAAUAGUAGAUAAUUUUUACACAGGUCUUCAUAUUGCUCACAUUUUAUUAGACAAUAAUACUCAUAUAGUAGGUACCCUUAGGAAAAAUGUUAAGUUUUGUCCUAAGGAUGUUUUAAAUGCAAAACUGAGAGUAGGUGAAAUAAAAGGAAAAGAAAAUGAAAAAGGUGUUGUUGUCAGUAUAUGGAAGGAUAAAAGAGAUGUAAGAUUUUUGUCAACAAGACAUGGAAUUGAAAUGUUAAAUACUGGGAAAAAAAAUAGAAAAGGUGAAGAAAUUAAAAAACCAGAAGCAGUUAUAUUUUAUAAUAAAAACAAGCAAGGUAUUGAUAUUUCUGAUCAAAUGGCAAGUUACUAUACCCCAUUAAGAAAAACUAUAAGGUGGUACCAUAAACUAGCCUUUCACUUAUUGUUAGGUACAGCAGUGGUUAAUUCUUUAAUUUUAUACAAAGAAGUAUCUGGUAAGAAUAUUCAAAUAUCUGAAUUCAUUCAAAAUAUUAGUCAAGAGUUGAGUCAGCUGAGUGACAUAAGUACACCAUCUUCACAAACUAAAAAACAUUAUUUAGUUGAAGGAUCAGAAGUCAAUAAUGGCAAUAGGAAAAAACGCCGUAGAUGUGGUAAAUGCUAUAUCAAUUUGAGUAAAGUAUUUGGGAGAGAAGAGGCACAAAAAAAAUGUAAGCAAGUAUAUACUUAUUGCUCUACAUGUGAAGACAAACCAUACCUGUGUUUAGAACAUUUUCAAAAGAAUCAUAAAUAAUCUUACAUUGUUAGUUAUUAUGUUGUUUCAAUUUAUUAUAUAGCACUAAAAGUUAUAGUGUUUUCCAUAAUUAUUUUAUGUUGUUUUAUUAUACUUUUUAUGAACUGUUAACUAUACACAAAGAAUAGUAUUUAUUUUAAUGUUACUUCAAGUCAUUUAAUAUUUUUUUUUUGUUAAUUUUGUUUGUAGUUUGAUCAUUACUUGAGAAAGAAGUGUUAUUUUAUUUUAUUUGAAUACAAAAAAAAAAUUUUUCUUUUAAAUUUGUUUUCUUGAUUUUGAGAGUCACUGGUGAUACCCCAAGUGAAUCAUAUAAUGAUAACACACUUAACAAUAAUUUAGUCCAAGAAUUAUUGAGAACAGCUGUUUGGAUUUGCCAGUGUGACCACGUAAAGUGGAAAAUAUGUGAGAGUCACAGGUAACUCACAUGGUAUAUCGAGAAUCGUGCAACGUGAGACACCCGUGACUCCUAUGGUGUAUGAGAGAAGUUCUUUCUUAUCGCGUCUGGUACGCUAGGAUAGUGCAUGUGAGAGUCGCCCGUGAUCUUCAUGGUAGCCAACUUA